AGCCAUUGCCAUCCUUUCCGCCGCAGACAGGCCCGGCUACUUCUCCGGCAUGGUUCUCAUCUCGCCCUUGGUUCUCGCGAAUCCGGAGUCAGCAACAACUUUCAAGGUGGACCUGUACGUAUCGGACCCCCUGAACUGCCGGGCAGGCCUGAAGGUGUCCUUCGGCACCCAGCUGCUCAACGCCGUCUCUCGGGUGGAGCGUGCCCUCCCCAAGCUGACCCUGCCCUUCCUGCUGCUCCAGGGCUCCGCCGACCGCCUGUGCGACAGCAAGGGCGCCUACAUGCUCAUGGAAGCAGCCAAGAGCCAGGACAAGACACUCAAGAUUUAUGAAGGUGCCUACCAUGUGCUCCACAAGGAGCUUCCCGAAGUAACCAACUCCGUCUUCCACGAAAUACACAUGUGGGUCUCUCAAAGGACUGCUGGGGCAGGAGCGGGGUGCCCAGCCUGAGCGCACUGGCCGACGACCAGGCCACGGUCUGGGGGAGUGGGCAGAGGAAGGGCAGGACGUGGUUUCUCAGAUGAGGCUUGCCAAAAAAAUCAUAACGAUCAUCCAAAAUUACAAGGACUCCCUAACAUACUUUGGUUUAAAAAAAGAGACCUUCUUGGCUCUCCCAUAGCCAGGAAGAAGAGGGAGGCAAGUUUCAGGAGAGGGAAUCCACUGAAAUGUCCUGAGAUUCAGCCUAGUCUCUGGCCCGCCAGCGUGGCUCCAGCAUGCCCCCUGUUCCUUGGGAUUCCGGCUGCAACCAUUUGAUCCAAUUGCUCAUUAACCACCUGCCUCCCUAGCACCACUGAGUGGCCUCUCUGGCUAUAUGAUGAGGGGCCUGCUGUCCCCAGAGGCCAGCACCUCAGGACAGACUCAAUGCCCCUCCGAGGCCCAGAAAAACACCCGUACUUCAACCUGAGUGCCACCCGCUGCCCCCCC